GGCGGCGGCGAGAAGAUGGCGACUUCGAACAAUCCGCGGAAAUUUAGCGAGAAGAUCGCACUGCACAACCAGAAGCAGGCGGAGGAGACGGCGGCCUUCGAGGAGGUCAUGAAGGACCUGAGCCUGACGCGAGCCGCGCGGCUUCAACUGCAGAAAUCUCAGUACCUGCAGCUGGGCCCCAGCCGCGGCCAGUACUAUGGCGGGUCCCUGCCCAAUGUGAACCAGAUCGGAAGCAGCAGCAUGGACCUCUCCUUCCAGACACCAUUUCAGUCCUCAGGCCUGGACACGAGUCGGACUACACGACAUCAUGGGCUUGUGGACAGAGUAUAUCGUGAGCGUGGCCGACUUGGCUCCCCACACCGCCGGCCCCUAUCAGUAGAUAAGCAUGGACGACAGGCCGACAGCUGCCCCUACAGCACCGUGUACCUCUCGCCUCCUGCCGACACCAGCUGGAGGAGGACCAACUCUGACUCUGCCCUGCACCAGAGCACAAUGACCCCUACCCAGGCAGAGGCCUUCGCUGGCGGGCCCCAGGACGCACACCACAAGAGAGUCUUACUGCUCACCGUCCCAGGGAUGGAGGAGACCGGGUCCGAGACCGACAAGACCCUUUCCAAGCAGUCAUGGGACUCAAAGAAGACGGGUUCCAGGCCGAAGUCCUGUGAGGUCCCGGGAAUCAACAUCUUCCCAUCUGCAGACCAGGAGACCACGACAGCCUUGAUCCCCGCUACCCACAACACAGGCGGCUCCCUCCCUGACCUCACCAACAUCCACUUCCCCUCCCCACUCCCGACGCCGCUGGACCCUGAGGAGCCCUCCUUCCCUGCUCUCACCAGCUCCAGCAGCACCGGCAGCCUUGCACAUCUGGGCAUUGGCGGUGCAGGCCAGGGCAUGAACACCCCCAGCUCUUCUCCACAGCACCGGCCAGCCGUCGUCAGCCCCCUGUCCCUGAGCACAGAGGCCAGGCGGCAGCAGGCCCAGCAGGUGUCACCCACCCUGUCCCCACUGUCACCCAUCACUCAGGCCGUGGCUAUGGAUGCCCUGUCGCUGGAGCAACAGCUGCCCUACGCCUUCUUCACCCAGGCUGGCUCCCAGCAGCCUCCUCCACAGCCUCAGCCACCACCACCACCUCCACCUGUGUCCCAGCAACAACCACCGCCCCCACAGGUGUCUGUGGGCCUCCCCCAGGGUGGCCCACUACUGCCCAGUGCCAGCCUGACACGGGGGCCCCAGCUGCCACCACUCUCAGUCACUGUACCGUCCACUCUUCCCCAGUCCCCUGCAGAGAACCCAGGCCAGCCACCAAUGGGGAUUGACGCUGCCUCGGCACCGGCUCUGCAGUACCGCACAGGCGCAGGCUCACCCGCCAACCAGUCUCCCACCUCUCCAGUCUCGAAUCAGGGGUUCUCCCCAGGAAGCUCCCCACAGCACACGUCCACCCUGGGCAGCGUGUUUGGGGACGCGUACUAUGAGCAGCAGAUGACAGCCAGGCAGGCCAAUGCUCUGUCCCGCCAGCUGGAGCAGUUCAACAUGAUGGAGAGUGCCAUCAGCUCCAGCAGCCUGUACAGCCCCGGCGCCACGCUCAACUACUCCCAGGCUGCCAUGAUGGGCCUGAGUGGGAGCCACGGAGGCCUCCAGGACCCGCAGCAGCUUGGCUAUGCGGGCCACGGCGGAAUACCCAACAUCAUCCUCACGGUGACAGGAGAGUCCCCACCCAGCCUCUCUAAGGAACUGAGCAGCACGCUGGCAGGGGUCAGCGAUGUCAGCUUUGACUCGGACCACCAGUUUCCACUGGACGAGCUGAAGAUCGACCCUCUGACCCUGGACGGACUUCAUAUGUUGAAUGACCCUGACAUGGUCUUAGCCGACCCGGCCACCGAGGACACCUUCCGAAUGGACCGCCUGUGAGCGGCUGUGCCCGCCACCCGCCACUGGUCAGUCUCCAGCGGCGCUGCCCCAAACCGGGGACGGCAAUGCUCCGUCCUCCUUUGCCAACGGCCAAGCUUGUGGUUCUGAGCUUGCAAUGCUGCCCAGCGCCCCCUGCCAGCCGCCACCCCGGUUGUUCACCUCCCAUGAUGCCUGGCGUGAGGCCGUUGUGUACCAGGCUGGCUAUCUGUCCGUCCAGGCUGACUGCAGAGGCUGGGAGUGCCCGGUCCCCACUGACUUGCCCCACACUCAUUCCCUCGCCCCUCACUGGGGAUGCGAGCGCCUUUAUCAGUGCUCCACUUCCAAGACACCCAGAUGUGCUGCACGAGGUGGGCCGGGGCGUGGGCGUGGGAGCGCCCCCGAGGCUGAGGUGCCCCAUCCAUCCGACUGUUCUCAGCUGUCACUGCCUUCCUUCAUCCCUGUCCCUCCUCCACCCCAGCCCUGGUCAGGUCACGCAUGCCCUCAUGCCCAGGGCCAAGACAGAACAGUGCAGGGUAGACCCGGAGAAGAAUAAACACUAUUCGGACGCCGCCUUUUAUAUUCCUGAGCGCUCUUAGAGCGAGACAAUCGACCUAUGGCCGCAUGUGGUGUGGACAGAGCCCACUGAAGCAGCCAGUGCCCCCUCCUCAACCCUCUCUUGACCACCCUUUGCCCACUACCAGGCGAUGCUCAGCAUGGUGGUACAGGGUGGACAGAGCGUCCCAGGCCGCCUGCCCGUUUUCAUCCUCCCUUCUCAGUCCCAUGACCAGUCCCUCCUGCUCUUUAGGAUGUGGGGCUUGGGAGGUGGCAGCCCUGGGAAGUUUUGUUUUUCUUUCCAUUUGUAUUAGCGUGAUGGCCAGCCCUCCUGACUCGCAGCUGGCAGCAUGCAUUGACCCCCAGUCCCUCCCUGACCUCUUAAAGCUGACUGGAACAGCAGCCUGGAGCACUUGCAAGCUGGGGCACCUGGGGUGCUCACCCAGACCCGGGCUCACCUGCACGUAGUCUCAACUCCAAAGAGCUGGGCGGGCGAGGAGGGGACUGGAUGCCAGGUCCGGCUGGCUGGACAUGUCCGUAAGAACCACAGAA